GCGAAAACGAAAGAGCAUGGCCAGCAGCGAGCUUGCGACGCUCCGGCGGCUCUACGCGGCCCUCGAGCAGGACCACGUGGAGCUCGCCCGGCGCUACGCCAUGACCAAGGCCCGGAUCGCUGUGGCGCAGGCCGAGAAGGCGCUGCUCGUCGAUGAGCUCUGCCGGUACCCCGCGAGCGACUUUGACUCGGACUCGGACGACGGCGAUGACAACGACGAGCCCCACGCACCCUUGACAACGCCCAAGCCGGAGCCCCACGCUGCCUCGAGCACAGCCCAUGCAGUGCCAGGAAAGCCCACGCAAGAGGUAGCCCAACAUGUCGCGUCCGAGGUCAAGCCCGAGCCGUUGCCAGAGGCCAAUACCUAAUAUCUAUGGAUGCAAUGCAACGAGCUUGCUCCCAGUACGGCUCUGGCGCUGCCAGCUCCAGUUUCCA